AUGUAUUAUCGAUACUUAUCAUAAUAUCGAUAGUGCCAAAAAUCAACCACCUCUCAGCAAGUAAGUCAGCAAUCGGUGCUCGUUGUCGGCUUCUGCAUUCAGUUUGUCAAAAUGAACGACCUAAAUCUGCGCGUGGCCGCUCUAAAGUUAUGCGCGCAUCCCAAGCGUUUUGCCGAGAUGCGCAACGCCCUCGUCCCGUUGCCGCAGAAAUGGGCAAACUCACAAGCCGAAUACGUGCUGAAAUUUGCGACAGCCAGCAACUGUGCCAAACAAAUGUCAAUUGUUAAAGAGGCCUAUGAAGAUCCGCAUGCAUUUGCUUUUCUCGCCGAUGUCCUGUUUGUGUGUCCCCUAAAGCAUCCCGUACGCGGCAUUGUGACCAGACUCUUCUCAAAUGCCGAGUGCGUUAAGCGUUCCACAGCUAGUCACACCAAGGAAAUCCUACUGAGUGCCUUGCGCGGUGCCCUGCGCCAAUUGGCCAUGAGCAUCAGCAAUAGCAGUGUGAACGCUGAUGACAUUAACGAUGUCUUCGUCUCCGUCAGCGCCUGUCUGCACAGUUUCCCAUUUGGACGCGAUGCACUCGCCCAGGAGAUUUACUGUUUCAUACCAUUGGUGCCCAAGGCCUUGCGCCUGUACUGGAUGUCGCUGAGCGACGAAGGCUCACAGCUAUCUCCGACUCGUCGCAACGAAUUUUAUUUAUAUAUACAGAAUCUGUUGCGCUUUCAUGUCAACUUUAUGACCGAAUACAAGUUUGAGCUGGUGACUGAGCGCUGCAAGCAGCUGCAGUUGAUCGAUGAGUUUGCCGAGAGUGCGGCCCGUAAUGUCGAUACGCCUUGGGAUGUGCGCGCCGUGGCUGGCCUAUCCAUUGGCCACAAUGCGCGUCUGUUCAAUGAUUUUGAUAAUUAUAUCACGAAAUGCCAGGAGCUGAAUGACUUUAACGAUCUGCCUAUUAAGGCGGCCUCGCUGCUGAUGCUGCAGAAGAGCGACUAUAGCAUCUGUGCGGCCCAAGCAUUGGACAUAUUGAAGCGAACGUUGGAUCAUGUCAAGAGUUCCAGCAGUGUCACAAAUUUCUUGGUCUACUUGUCCAAGCAUCUAAACACCUAUUCGAAAUCGUUAGGCGGCAUUCGCCUGCACGAUCGAGCCCAGAUCAUGUAUUGCCUGAUAUUGGCCAUAUUGAUGCGUUUCUCCCUGGAGCAUAUCUCGAGCAGCGUCGAAUCAAUACGUCACAUGUGCGCCAAUAUGCUGCAUCAGGUGCUGCAGCACUGCAAAGCGGCCGAUCAAACAAAUAUCAUUGGACAGGUCUAUACGCAGUACGAGCGCCAGCGUAUGCCGCUGCCAUCCGUUUGCCUGAUGCUGCAGCAGAUGGUCGAGGUGAUGGGCGCCAAGUCGGUAAUACAGAAUUGUCCCGGCAUCUUUGAUAAAAUGUUUCCCUCCUACUUAGGGAUGGAGGACAGCGUCAACUCGCUGUUCAAGUGCAUGAUGACCGUUGCCCACAAGGAAGAGACUAGCAAAGAGUGGCAGAGCGUUUGGUGUUCGCUGUUAUUUAAAGCCGCUCAGCCGUGCGACGAACGUUUGGCGGGCAUCGAGCGGCUGAUCAAGGUCGCCGUGCAGCUGGACCCAGAGGUGCUGCCCGAAUUGCUGAAGCAGCGGAACUUAUCGUUCAGCACCAAAUUGGCAGCCAUGCUGACGGCACGCCGUCAUAGCCAGCAUCGUCUGGUCAAAUCGUUGAUGGUUGAUCACAUGGAACAGAUCAGCGCAGCGCUGAUUGGGGUCGAUGAUAAUGCACGGCUGCUGGCACUCUGCUUUGUGGUGGAGACGCCGCGUCUUAGCGAGCCAUAUACGCAGUUCGAGCUGGAUUCUAUCAUCAGCUAUGUGGACCACAAUGCUAACAAUCCCAGCGCCCAUAUGCGACAAAUUGGCCAUGGCCUAAUGCAGAAGGCGGUGAAGCGGCUCGAAUUCAAUCUGGCGCAACAAAUGAAAGAUCAAUCAGCGACCUUGAAUGAUGAUCACAUGUUGAUCGUCUUUUUAAACAAGAUGCUCAACAUGCUGGCCAUGAAUCUGUUUCCCACAGCCAACUAUGGACGUCGCUGGCUAUCGAUGCGCAUAUUGCGCGAUUGCAUCGAUGUCAUGGAACGCCUGGGUAUGCCCUGGCUGGAUCGAAUGCCGCCGCAAACGUUGCCCUUUGUGGAUCACUGUCUGCGCGACAGCUACGAGCACAACAAAGUGCAGGCUGCUGUGCUGAUGACCAAAUUGCAAAAAUGCUCACAUCACAAACCGUUGGACAUCCUGCAGCUGUUGGUGUCGGUGCGUCCGCCCGACUCUGCGACCGGCGCCUAUCAGCUGCAGGUGUACUGCAAGGCAGCCGAGGUGCAGACCCCGCCGCCAGAACAGCCGGACGGCAAGCUGCCCAAGCAUCAUUCGCGCUACUAUGCCGUCCUGCAGAUGUGCCUGCGCGAGUUGCGCUCUGGCGUUGUCCAGGCCCAAAGCGAUAUAACACAGGCGGCCAAAUUGAAUCCUUUGUAUGGCCUGCUCUUUGCCAUUCGCCAUUUGUUGCUGCAGCUCGAGUUCAAGCCGCUGGCCGAGGAAACGCUCUGGCGUGAAUAUGUUGAGCAAUUGUUGAGCCUCUGUGUGACCAUCAGUGAAAUUAUGUUGCCCAUUGUGGGCAGCGAGUCGCCAGAAGGUCUUGUGCCGAAAGCACCAAAGUGCGGCGAAGAUGCGCUUUCGGAACCACAAGAGCCUCAGCCGGAAUUGGAUACGCUGUCCACGGUGCCGCAGUUGGUGUUGCUGUGCGCUUGGCGUAGCAUCAAAGAGAUUUCCCUCAUCAUGGGCGAUUUGGUGCAGCGUGCUCCGCUGCAGCAGGAGCGCAAACACAACUAUUUGCUCAGCCAGGAGCAGGUGGCCAUGAUUGGCGAGCAUUUUCUAUUGCUGCUUGCCGACAUCAAGCAUCGCGGCGCCUUCGAGCAGGCGUACGUGGGCUUCACCAUGCUCUGUCGCCGCUUCUGGCACAGCGAUGAGCCGGCGCUGAAUCAAUUGCCGCCCGUUUGGCUGGACGAGGCGAUGCGCCUGGUCAUUGGCGAUGGCGGCAAGGAGCUGUGCGCGACACGGCGCAGCGCCGGCAUGCCCUACAUGCUGCAGGCGCUAAUUUGCACCGAACUGAAACUGGGCACCCACAACACCUUCAACAGGAGCAUGUCCCUGCUGCUCGACGUGUGCGAGCGUCGUGAUCCCGGCUCAGAGGCUGCCAUUGCACGCAGCCAUGCCAUGAAUAUAAUGCGUGCGCUCUUCCGCUGCAGCGAACUGGCCGAGGUGGUGGGCGAGUUUGUGGGGCGUGGCAUCAAGUGCGCCCUGGAGAGUCUGGUGGCUGUGGAAUGGAACGAGCGCAACAGCGCCACAUUGAUGCUCUCUGCGCUGAUGGUGCGCAUCUUUGGCGUCGAACGGGCCCGCACCGAUACCGGUGAGCUGCACGUGCGCAAUCGCAUGACCGGACGCAUCUUCUUUACACGAUAUCCCCAGCUAUUUGACUACUUUCAUGCCGGCCUCAAGAAAGCCGCCGAGCAUCCGAAGGCAUCGGGUGGCCAAACGGUGCAGCUGGAGGCGACGCUGCAGCUGCUCUGUCGCCUCUAUCCGUCCUCAAUGGAGGGCUCCGAAUCCAGCUUGAAUCUCAGCGAAUUUGUGCCCUUCCUGGAGGAAAUCUCUUGUGUGCACGAUAAUACGACACGAUAUCGCGGCUGCCAAGUCUUGGCCAACUUUGUGAACGCCCCUACGGCCAUCAAGCGCAUGCGCCGCAUUUCAAUGGUCCUCGGCGUGAUCAACUUCAAGCACAAGCGGGUUGGCAGAAUACCCAGAGACUUGAAUAGACUGCAUGGCAGAGUGUUGCAGUUGAUGGAACUAUAUCGAAUCGCACGCUGGCAGGAUGUCCGCUUGGUUAGCACAAUGAUGUACAUGUUAGCGGUGGCUGCUGUGAAGAUCUUUGAUCACGACAUGUUCGUGUUUCGAUCAGUUUUGAAUGUGCUGAUUGCCGCUAUGCAGGAUGCCCAGGAUGCCAAAUACUUUGGGGCACCGCUGCUCAAUGCUCUGCUGCUCGUCUAUGAGCUGGAUCAUGCGGAGGUCUAUAAGCGCAGCAAGGAGUACGCGAUAUCGCCGAAAUUCUUCGUGCUGUUCGGAUUGCAUUUGCAGCGACUGACCCAGAAGCCGGAGAACUUGCUGGAGCCCAUGCUGCAAAUGAUUGUGCGGCCGGAGAAAUUGCCAGCGAUGCUGGAGCAAGUGAAGAUCGAUUUGUGGCUGUACGUGCUCAUCCAUCAGGCGAAUGCCAGCAGUAAGACACGCGGCCUUAUCGAAAGCUACGAGAUUAAGCACUUCGAAUUCGAUCCGGAUGUGAUACUCUAUUUCAAGGCGCUGGUGCCUGCCCAGCGCUUGGCCCUGGGCGCACAGUUGCGCGAAUCGGACGAAGUGCAGCAGCAUGUGAUGAAAAUAGCCGCAGUGGUUAAGUGCGGUGCGGACUGGGCGCCGGGCAUGUCGGGCCGUGUCUACGCCCUGUUGGCCAUGCUGAACCGACUCCAGCUGACCACCAAGCAGCUGCUCGAUCGCGGCGGCUUCGAUGCGGAGCCAGGCGUUGUCAUUUGCAUAACGCGUCACAUCAUGCAGAACGGCAUGCGGCAACAGUAUCAGCCCUAUUGGCUGCCCCUAAUACGCUACACCCUGCACAUUGCCGCUCCCAAAAAGAAGACCUAUCUGCGUUACAGAGCUGCCCAGCUGCUGGAUCGCCUUACCGUGCAUGUGCAGCAGGUGCUGUACUCGGAAGAUGUGAACAUCAUUGGUAACUAUAUACGUCUGGUGCUGCAGCUGCUCGUCGAUGAAUCGGAGCUGGUGCGCAACUAUACGUCGGAAAUGGUGUCCAGCUGCAUGGGCCUCUACUUGGCCGGCGACAGGGCACUGGAGUCUGUCUCAACGGUCAGCCUCCUGCCCAUGGCAGCGGAGAAGUACUUUCUGCAGCACAUGCUCGACGGUCUGCAGCGAUACAAAUCGAAUGGCAGCUUCCUGAUCGGCAUAUUCAAUUUGAUUGUGGAGCCAUUCGUCAGCGUCGAACUGUUGUCCAAUCGCGUCCUCGACGAGGAUCCAGACAAACUGCUAGCUGGCGAAGAUGAGGCGGAAGCCGAAGUCUUCGACAAACAGGAACUAAAUCUGUACUGUGAGGGACUGCGCGUGGUUUCGCAUGUGGCAAAGAGCUUCAAGACCGCAUUCCCAAAUAAUAAGGAGCUGAUCUGUGCGCUCAAUGCCUUGGAGAAGAUGUGUUCAUUCACGGGCUUUGGUGAUCAGCCCAUUCCACCGCGAAUCAUAUCCUAACAGACAUGCCGAGCACGGCAUAAAGAGGCUUUACCGUUAGUACAAACACAAAGAAUGCACUUAAUUCCAAUUGGAGUUUCCAUUUAAGUUAGUAUAAAAUAUUAU